CAUAACAAGUGGAUCCACAUACACGUACACAAAUCCUACAUGCAAAUUCAGACGUACAUAAUCAAACGACGACAUUCAGGCUGACAAAGAUAUUUAAAAGUGACCACUCAAAUACACAUCAUAUACAUAUGUACAAACACACAACACACUCACAUAUAUGUAUAUAUAUAUAUAUUCGCUAAGACAUCCGCUUUCAGGGAAAAACUGCUUCUAAUAGAUGUAAACUCGUAAGUGACCAUUACAUACAUACAACGACAUAUACACACAUACACACACACACACACACACACACACAUACACACACACUUACAUACGUACAUACAUACAUAUAUACAUACAUGCCCCUACUUGGAGACAAGUGAUUCCGUUGUAACUGUUUAAUCACUACCACUUGUAGGUUUCUCGUCAAAUUUAAAGAAUUGUUCAGUUCUGUAUGGCCACCAAUGAUUUACCAUUGAAUUUUUGUGAACGCCACAGAUAAUUUUUGCAUUUUUUGCCAUCAAAUCAGGUGUUACAGGAUACCAGAAAGAAACAAGAGAGAAAAAUGAUUACAAAAUAUAUUUUUUUGUUUCCCUUAGCUUUUUUCAUGUCCUGCACUGAAGUUACUUCGCAAGUAGAACCUUGUGACAGUUACACGGAAAUAGACGCUUCAUCAAGACGUAUUACAGAGGAUUAUGAUACUCACUGCGACAAUACGCUAUCAGAAAAAUGGUACCGCUUUAUCAUUGGUAAACAGUCAGCCAUUAUUCCAACUCAGUGCAUUAAGAACGAUUUCUGUGGUACGAAACUGGGAAUGUUUAUCGAUAUGAUGAAUCAGUCUUUUCCCUCAACAGGAAACACGAUUACCGUUACAGCAUGUUCAUCGUUCGAUAUCCUAGGAAAAUGGGACUGCUGUGUGCUAUCCAAGCGUAUCGAAAUGCGACGUUGUCCCGGAGAUUUCUUUAUCUAUAAUCUAAAAAAGACGGAUAGAUGUCCAGUCGCUUACUGUUCCAUGUUGCAAAAUGAGCUUCCUCACGAUAAUUAUACAAUCCUUCAUGGUGCUGGGGUAAAUGAAACUUCACCGUUUGUAUCAACAAAAGAUAUGAUUAAAGACCUAACGACUUUGGAGACGCCUGUCAUAAGCUCAAUAGGUUCAAAUGCUCAUAAUUUAACUACUACAGAAAUUCAGGCCCAAAAUUUCGUCACAGUAAAUCAAACGGAAAAAGAUGUACAUGUAGAAAGUGCAACUAGAUUUAAUGUAACAACAGACUUGCCCAACAGCUCCGUUACAAAUAUCUUAGUCACUAAAACAAAGAAAGGAAGACGUAAUGCCACUGUGACUGCAGUGAAAACCACCACAGAAGACGAAGAUUCAGCACUUAGAAGCUUCGGCAGUGGAGAAGAAAAGGAAACGGCCUGGAAAGAGAAAUAUUCCAUACCCAAUUCGACAGUUUCACCUGCUGCUUCCCAUAGAACGAGUAUAACACCAGUUAUAACGGCUUUCGAGAAGACAGUAACGCCAAAUCAAACAAUUACGGCUGAACCAUCACAGGACAUCUUCCAAGAAUAUUUGGCUCUGUUUAUCAUUUUAAUGAUAAUUGGGUUUCUUUGUCUUAUACUCCUACUAUCCAGCUGUAUGUACCUCUAUUGCCAACGCCAUUCGGGCCAUUGGGAUCGGGCGUUAGCCGAACAGUAUCAUGUGACUGUAGUCCCUCGACGAGAUGCUUUGAUUAACGAAAGCCCCUACAGUGAUGACGUUAUCAUUCAUGAUGAGAAAGAGGACAAAUUGGGGAACAGCCUUGGCAGUUCUUAUCAUGGUGUCAAUCCAGGUAACAACCUAUCCUACUCAAAUAGCAUCAAAGCAAUCAAUGACCUGAAUAAUUUGACCAUGAGAAGCCAUCCUAAUGACUUCAACUCGCAGCCACUUGAUGGAACUGAGGGCCUAGUCAUACCUAUUGACCAGUUCAGACCUGAAAAAGACACUAUGAAUAUUGAAGACACAAUUUUAUGAGUAAGUGCUCACUGUGAGCACCAGAUCAGCAAACACAUUGUCAAUGACAAAGAGUUAAUCCUUUGACAAUUCUUCAGUUUAAAUCAUCAGGAAUAAUUAUCUCAAAACUACAAAGAAAACAAAAACAUACCAAACUACACAGCUACCACAACUACUACUUCUACUGUCACUAUUAUUACUGCGAUACAACGAUUUCUGUUGCUGUGGCAACUAAUUUACUUCAGCUACAUCAACAACAUCAUUAUCAACAACAACAACAUACAAUAAUAAUUAAUGGUUUCCAGUAUUGGAAGGGCGCACAGCACCAGAAUUUUCAACUCAAACUACUCCAAAUUUUAGUUAGUGUAUCCACAUAAAUGUAGUCCUGACCAGUUAGUUUGUACUGGUAUCGAGUCAUAUAAGUCGUAAUAAUAAAGUCAAACCAAAUAGAUACAACCGUCUCAUUUUCUUUCAAUACUGUUCAUUGGUACAUCUUCCCCACUACCUCACUAUAUAUAUAUCCUCUUCUUUUCUCUCUCUCUCUCUCCCUUCUUUCUUCCCCUAACUUAGUAACUGAUUUACGAUUCUGACCAUAGAUACUGAAAUAUUUCCAUCAAUUGUUUCAUAUUUUGAAAUGUUUUAACCGUGGAAGGUCUAACAUUAAAUGAUUUCAAAAUAUCACUAUUUAGUUUGACUUCUUUAUUACAGCUUCAUAUAUGUGUGUGUGUGUAUAUACACACACACACAUAUAUAUAUAUAUACAUAUAUAUAUACAUACAUACAUAUACACACACACAUAUAUAUAUAUACAUACAUAUAUAUACAUACAUAUAUAUAUAUAUAUAUAAUAUAUGUAUAUAUACAGCAAUCUCCAGUGUCAUUCAACAGUUACUUUCCAGAAAGCAUUUCUAUUGCAUGGAAUCCAGAACCUGAUAUAAUUUUUUUCUUUGGCUUUCGAGUUAAAAUUUGAAAUGUAUUCCUCCACAAAUUUUUUUAAAAAAGAAAAAAAAACAUUAAGAAUAAAACCACUUUUAUAAUCUUAACCAGAGUUUCCACAAGACAAAAAUCCUUGUGUGUAUGUGUGUGUGUGUGUGUGUGUGUGUUGUCUGUGUGUGUGUGUGUGUGUGUGUGGUCUGUGUGUCCAUAUGUAUAUAUAUACACACACACAUAUGUAUGCAUAUGUGUACAGAUGCAUACACACAUGCACAUAUAUAUAUGUAUUCAUAUUAUACAUGUAUAUAUGUCUAUGUAUAUGUAUCUGUGUGUAUAUAUAUGUAAAAUAUAUGUAUUUAUAUAUGUGUGUGUGUGUGUAUGCGCGUGUGUAUGUAUAUAUAUAUAUAUAUAUAUAUAUAUAUAUAUAUAUAUAUAUGCACUCAUACAUACAAAUUACUGCCAUAGAACAAUAUGGGAUUUUUGACAGUAAUCAUAACAAUUACUUUAAUCUGCUGAUCAUUCCAAGACACUUUCAAAGAAAGCUUCAUACUUUUUUUUGUUUAUGGAUUUGUUUUGCAAGAUUCCUGAUGUGAAAUCAUGUAUUGAAACAGAUAUUGUUAUAUUUGGGGAUGGUCUUUUUUUUCUCUCUUUUCUUUUGGGCCUAGUAACCACAGGCACUGUAUAGCGGUUCUCCAUGGCAGCUUUAAUAUUAUUCUUAUUUUAGAGUCCUUACUUUCCUUUGUCCUUUGUUUGAAAUCUAACAAAAGAACACUGAGAUAAGAAUAGUAAUAAUGAAGCUGAAGUGAGGAACAAAUAUACAGUGCAUGUGCUUAUUUGGAAAGAAAAAAAUGAACAUCUCAUUCAUACUUUUUCUUAUUCAGUAAAUUUGUACAUUUUUGCAUUUAAUUUCUUUUCCAAGUAAUUUUAUAUCAACAACUGCUUUUCUUUUUGUUUCUCAGACACAUUUUUUUUAUGUUACUUGAGGUUAUAAUUUUUGAUUUUAGUCAUUACAAGAUGCAUCUUUAAGAUGGUUUUUUUAUAUAUAUUUUAUCUUCGCUUGUAAUUUUGAAAUAGGAAAUACUCAGUUUUAGCUAAACUGAAGUUGCACAUAAACCUCACUUGACAUUUUUAUGUAUUAUAUUUAUUUUUAAUAAAACUACUAGCUUAUAAUUA